CAUUGUUAGUUGACGUGACUGACAUCCCUGGUACCCAUGCUUGUGAUGUUCACAUGAUCAUAUCGUGGUUACCAUUGCAGAAAUGUGCUGGUUGGAAAAUACUGUUUAGAGAUCUGUUAAUAAUGAUAAAUGUUUAUCAUACUGAUUGCAACCCAUAGCACAGUGCAGUGUCUCAGUUUUUAGUUGGUAUACACUCGACGGUUCACCGCAAUCCUUAAUUUAUUCCGGCUGAAAAACAAACGGUUGUCUGUUACUAGUACUUGGAAUGAAAAUAUCAUUGCGUGCCAAUACGUGUGAGUUGUCGUCACAAAUUGUAUUAUGCAAAUGAAGUACCAUAUGUUGUGAUAUUGUAUUACAUUGGUUUGCGUGGCAUGAUCACUUGGUAUUUCAAAGGUUUAAUCAACUGUGUGAGUCUGUAGUGCAACAAGUGGUUCCCACAUAUGUUUUUUGGACAACAUCUAACUGCUGCAGUGCUGCCAUUUUCGGAUUGGACUACUAAAACUAUGGGUUUUGUUUAUGCUGCAUAUGUUCAUAUGUAAUUAUGAUCAAUGCUACUGUCACUCCAUUGCAGUGGUAAUUACACAAAUAGAACACGCAGUUGAAAUAAAGAGUUCUGUUCUAGUCUCCAACACCAGUCACACUUCAUGCAAUUACCCGCUGAAUUCUACAACCUUAAUGCACCAGGCAGUCUUAUUCACGGCUUGAACUGAGGAUACAUAUGCAUUUGAUGAACAUGGCCAGCGAGGCGUCAGCACCAAGGUUAAGAGGGAAAACAGGAGAAAAACUACCUUUAAAAGAUUCGACCACAGUCCAAGGCUCCGCCGGCCUACUGGAUGAAGCAGAGGCGGCACUCAAGAUGCUGGAGUAUGGCUCCAACUCGUCCUGGCCCAAGACCACAUCAGACGCAGCAGAGGAGUCUGGGGACUAUUCAGUCAAUGACGCCAUUGAUGCUAUCGGUGUUGGUUGGCUACAGAUCACCAUCCUUAUCAUGUCUUUUCUAGCCAUGCUGGCAGUCUUUGCUCAGAUUCUCCUGUCUACCACAAUUAAUGAAAUCUUGAGAUGUACUCUCAAACUUAGCGAUGACAAAGUUGCACUAAUCUCCACAAUGUUGUUUGUCGGUGAGUUACUGGGCACAUAUCCUAUCAGUAAGCUCAUGGAUACCUAUGGAAGGAGACCGGGGUUGAUUCUUAUCACCUGUCUAAUGUUCUUCUACUCGGCAAUCGUGUCCAUCGCCCCCAACUACGUCUGGGUUUUAAUUCUCCGGUUGAUAGCCGGCAUUUUUGUUGUCGGAGUCCAGUCUUCCUUUAUGCUGUACCUUGGUGAGAUCACACCAUCCAGUUUCAGAGCUCUCUUCGUUCUUGGACAAGUGCUUUUCUUUGGUAUCGGCAGCGUGUACGUUGCUACGUUGGGAUAUCUUGUCCUUCCAGUCAUGGGCUGGCGAUUUCAGUGUCUGUUUGCUGCUAUGCCUAUCCUACCAGUCAUGGUUGCUGCCUGGAUUUUCCCGGAAUCUCCGCGGUAUUAUGCUCUGACGGGCAGCCUAAAAUCAGCCGUUGAAACCAUGAAGAAAAUCGCGGCUGGAAACAACAAAGAAUUACCCGAGGGCAAAUUAAUCCAGGCUACUAUCCGUGAUAAGGAGGAGAGAAGCUCCGUUUUUCAGCUUUUGAGCCCCGAACUGAGUCGACAGACUCUGAUGCUGUGGAUCAUAUGGUUCUGUGUGUAUUUCUGCUACCUGGGCAUCGCGUUAUCCAGCGGCCGACUGAUUCGUAUCACCUCCCCGCUCCCACCCACGGCCGGCAACGAAUCCUUGAAUCUGGAUAUCGAUCCAAACUCGACGCUCUUUAUACCACCUGACCCAGUAGCAGAGGGUGUCGUUAAAGCUAAACCUGAGAAUGUUUUACGAGUUGCUACUGAAGAUAUAUUGCCGGAUCACCCACAUCCUCGGAUGACUGCUCCAACUUGUGCAGAAGAAGACAAGGAACCAGUCGAGUGUGAAGUCAUCGUCUCAAACUCUGAAUAUGUUGAUUCAGUCGUUGCCUCCUUUGGGGAUUUCAUGGCUGCACCAUGUAUUGUGGUUCUCGUUUACACCUUCGGCCGUAAGGGAGGCAUGAGCAUAUCACUCCUACUAGCUGCUUCAUUCAUGCUGUGCAUAAUUGUAACACUAGGCCAGAUUCCACCACUAGUUUUCAUCUUUCUAUCCCGUGCACUAACCAUGGGAACGUAUGGUGGAUUGUUCCUGUACACUAUGGAAGCCUAUCCGACGUCUACAAGGGCCAUUGCGCUUGCGACGGGGCAGUUCUUUGCGAAGAUGGCUGGCGCCCUCACACCUUUCGUGGCAGAGAGUCUCAUCAAGCGUUCCCCUGUCGACGCAAUUCUUAUCUAUUUCUUCGUCUGCAUCACGGGUUCCAUCACAGUGUGUUUACUCCCCCUGGAAACACAAGGCAUGGGGUUAAAGGAUUCUUGAUAAGGAAGAAAUCAAGUGCCAAAAAAUAAUAGUUUUUGCAACCGUCAUUGAUUAAGCUAUCGUCAGGGAAGGAGGGCUGAUUUUUUGUAGGUUUAAGCUUAUAAUUAAUAUAACAUAUAAAACUGAUAUUUUUUUAGUAUUUAUGGUGCAGUAUAAAUGAAAAAAAAAUAUGUGCUUGGCCAAUUUUAAGCAAGUACGUUAAAAGCGGCUGGACGCUGAUAAUGGCCAGAGCCGAAAGCUUUUGGUCAAAAAGUCAAAUCAAUUCAAAAAUUCACAAAUUUCCAACGAUUUUGUUCAACAGUUUUACUUCGUUUUGUGAAACACCCCUCUGACCAUGUCUAAGGUAUGUGCUUUGGGCACCUAGUGCUAAAUAUCUUUUAUGGAAAUUGCCAUGUGCUGUGCAUACUGCGCCAUGCGGUGUUUUACCAGUGGUUUAAAACCACCCAUGUGACGGGCUCUCAACCAAUAGGAAUUGGUAGCCUAAACUGUCUCAGGUAUUUAUGAUGGAGAGGUAAAAGUCAAGCUUUUUUUCUGCAUGAAAAUUCUAAAACCUACCUUCGGCAUUUUAGUAAAAUCUGUAAUGAUUUGUGUGUAUUUAAUGGGAUAGGUUUCAGAAUGUUUUAAGUAAUUACUUUAUGAAAGUUAUUUUCUAAACAUUGUAGUAAGGUAUUUGUAAUGGAUGUGUAUUCCUUGGUUAUAUUCUCAGUUAUAAGAA